AAUUUGUUUUUCUAAAACUUCCCAUUCAUGUUCUUUUCUAACAUCAACCAACAUAUAGCAAAUUUCAAAUCACAAAUUCACCAUAUCAUAAGGACAAAUCUUCUCAAAUAUCUCUAUAUAUUCAAACCAUUAACACACCCUCAAAAAACUAGCUAGCUACAUUAAAUGGCUCUUUACACUUUCAUCUCCAAUUCAAAAUCACAACAAAAAAACCUCAUCAAUCUUCUCCUAAACAUAUCCUUCCUCUUCCUCCUAUUUAUAUUCCUAAAAUUUUAUAUCUACCCUUCAAAUUUCAAUUUUCAUGCCUCAAACACAAACAUUUUCAACCAUGCUAGAAUUCUCACUAGUGACAUUAAAGUUGAUUCAUGCACCGAACUUCACAACUUCUCAAAUUACACCUCAAAGUGCAUUUAUGUAAAAACACAUUCUGAUUGUAGAUCAAAGGGUUACAUAAACUAUCUCCAAAUAUUUUAUUGCAAUCUUGGAAAUUCACCAAUUCUUGGUCACACAUUACUUGUUUUAUGGCUUGUCAUUUUGUUCUAUCUUUUAGCUGACACAGCUUCAAAUUACUUUUGCACCUCCCUAGAAGGUUUAUCAAACAUCUUGAGAUUAUCUCCAACCAUAGCUGGGGUUACAUUACUCUCUUUAGGAAAUGGUGCCCCUGAUUUCUUUGCUAGUGUUGUUUCUUUCACAAGUUCAAAUAAUGGGGCAGUUGGUCUUAAUAGCAUUUUGGGGGGUGCAUUUUUUGUUUCCACAGCUGUUUUAGGGAUCAUAAGUAUUCUAGUUAGUUCCAAUGAGGUUGCUGUUGACAAAGCUAGUUUCAUUAGAGAUGCCAUUUUCUUCCUUUUCUCCUUGUUCAUCCUCCUUAUCAUCAUUUCCAUUGGUAAAAUCUCCUUGUUCGGUUCGAUUUGCUAUAUGUCCAUUUAUUUCCUUUAUGUCUGUGCCGUCUCGGCCACACAUUUCAUAUAUGAAGUUGAUAGAAAAGAAGUGGAAUCUUCUAUAUCUUCUUCUGAUGAUUUCUUAGAAUCUGGCAUACCGUUAUUAGGCUAUGUUGACGAUGACGACGAAGCUGAAAAACCAAUUUUACAAAAUCAAUUUGGUACCAUUCAAGAAAAAGAGAAAAAACAAGAAAUUUUUAUUUUUAGUAGUGAAAAUUCAUUUGAUUUUAAAAAUUACAUGUGGAAAAUUUUACAAGUACUAGAAUUACCACUUAGCUUACCAAGAAAACUUACCAUACCAAUUGUGAGUGAAGAAAAUUGGUCAAAACCUUAUGCAAUUAUAUCUUGCACAUUAGCACCAAUUUUAUUUGCAAUUUUAUUAAAUACUCAAAUGGAAAAUAUGGAUUCAAAAAGUAGCUUAGUUGCAUAUUUAACUUCAUCAUUAAUUGGAAUUGUUUUAGGUAACAUGGCAUGUGUGACAACAAAAAGUACAACACCACCUAGAAAAUGUUUGUUUCCUUGGUUAGUUGGUGGAUUUUCAAUGAGUGUGACAUGGACUUAUAUAAUAGCUGAGGAACUUGUUUCACUUUUGGUUUCAAUUGGUUAUAUUAUAGGAAUUAGUCCUUCAAUUCUAGGACUAACUGUCCUAGCUUGGGGAAAUUCAUUAGGUGAUUUAAUAGCAAAUGGUGCUAUGGCUAAAAAUGGUGGAAUUGAUGGUACACAAAUUGCUUUUUCAGGUUGUUAUGCUGGUCCUAUGUUUAAUAUGUUGAUGGGAUUAGGGUUACCUCUUGUUCUUUCAUCUUGGAGUGAAUACCCUAAGUCUUAUGUUGUUCCUAAAGAUGGUUCACUUUUGGGGACAAUUUUAUUUUUGAUGAUUGGGAUUGUUUGGGCACUUAUUGUGUUGAUUAAGAAGAAUAUGAGGCUUGAUAAAUCUUUAGGGUUUGGACUCUUGACUAUUUAUCUUUGUUUUUUGUUUUUGAGGUUGGUCAUGGCUAUUGGUGUAAUUAAAUUGUAGACACAUGUGUGUAUUUUCUAAUGGAAAAAUUGUCCAAUUAAUUCAUGGAGUUGAA